GAGCAUCUUGCGCAGCCAGCAGCCAGGCGCCAACUGUGGAGCAGCAGCCGAGGCCUGUACAGCGCGUUGCAGGUGACUUGGCAGUAUUCACAGGGACGAAAGAGCUUAUCGUCCGAGAAAGCACAUCAGGGAACUGUUUCUGUUGUCGGUGCAGAUUUCGAGUGCUACGACCACGAACUUGUGUUACGACAGUGUAGUAGACAUUGUGGCUGACUCAAAUGUUGGUUCUGCAUCAGCUGUCAUCAGUAUUUGUGUUGGAUGCUGGGGCCUCCCUUUAGCAGCAUUCCACGUUCUUCGUGUUUUCGUCAGUUGUUUGUAGCCAUUAACGUCGUCAGCCAACUGUGUAUUCCAGGAGAUAAAGGAUGUUCUUUGUGUGUGAUGUGCAUUGCUCAAAAGAGUAAUCCUUUUGGUUAUCAAGGGCUGUAUAUUAGUUUGGAUAAUUCUCAUAGUUACAUGAAGCACAGCUGACCUUGGGUUUUCAAGAUCAUUACAGUUAUAGCCCUCGCAGAAUUUCCACUGCGUAGAUAUUAACAAUCAUAUUCACAUCGUAACGGAAUUUACUGAGUUUCAAAAUAGUUCACAACUUUUAUAUAAAGGUUGGAUUGUCCUUUUCAUUGACUGCUUCACAGGUGAGGUGAAGUUGCUUUGAAGUUCAAACCCUUUCUACCCUGUUUUCCUCCUUCUUUUCCCACCAUUUACAACCUUAAUUACCGAAGGUAUAUGCAGAAGAUUCGAUCUAUCCUCUUGUUCAUCCUUAUUGUCCACGUUUCCCUGACCUUUGACCUUUAGUUUAACCCUCAGCAUGAUUCUUUGAGUGACUUUCAACACCCCUUUUGCGUUCGUGUGUUUAAAUCUAGUGUGUGCAUCUGAGGGUCGGAACAAACUGCAGUUUCGAUUGACUUUUGAUGAAGUAAUGCUUUGGAUAGCAGCUUAGACUUUCCCUCUGACACCCGAUAUGCCCUGCAUCCAAGUCAUCAAUGAGAAUGUAGAUAUCAGUUGUCUUCAGUGAUCCUGGUGUUCUAGUAGAGUUGAUCCUUAUUGUUUGUUUGGGUGCUUCUCAUUCUUACCACCCCAUUUAGGAGGAAUUGAUUGUAUUUCCCCAUCUUACCCCGAGUGCAACCCCGACUAAAGUUCCACCAAAAGAAUCUCCAGUUUGUGUUUUAUUGGUUUGCUGUUAAUCUGGACCUGCAUACUGUCAGUUUUAAUCUUAACUGACUGCCUCCAUCUCCACGAAGUUAAAACUUUUGACCAUCUCACUGACAAUUUGAACCCGUUACUGAAUAAUGCCACCGAUACUGACAGCCUGAUCCCCUGCCUGAAUCUCUGCCACUGUCACUGGUACCAGAACCUUUGACAGUGCCACUGACUGACAGCCUGAACCCUCUGCCACUGUCACUGAAUCUCUGUCACCACUCAACCCCUGAAGUUUGUUGCUACAUAUUUUGAGUUCUACAUCCAUCAACACCCACAAUGAUGUUCCAGACAGACAUGAUUCCAGCGGUUUGUAAGCUGUCAGGGGUCAGUUUGUGUCCACACUUCUGGAAGAAUGUCAGCCAUAGAAAUAUCAGAAGGUCCAGGUUCCAGUACAGCAAAGGUGUGUUCUCCUACAUCACCUCCAGAGAAUGGAACAGGAGACUCACAUGACCCUCGACACAUUGACCUUGAGCUUGUGCCAGAUCUUGUGCAGCAUUUGACCCAGCAGCUGAAUGAAAAUAUGGCCAUGACAAAAGCUGAAAAGGCCAGGUGUUUACGACAGAGAGCAGAAUGUUUCUUAAGGCUUGGUCAGAACAAAGCCGCUCUUAAGGAUGCAGAGGCAGCUCUUGGUGAGAACCCCCGUGAGGUGGGUGCUUCCAUUGUUGCGGGCCAGGCAGCUGCUGGCUUGGGUCAACUUAAAGAAGCCUUCCUUAAGUACAAGAUUGGUCUCCAACAAGAUCCAAACAACAAGGAAAUUGUAGAGGAGCUCAGGCGCUUGCAGAGUAGCAUUCUUGAGCAAUCGGAAUUCGAGCAAGAAGAAGAGCCCACCUACAAUGCACUUGACUUUUGCAGUCAAAACCCUUACCCUGGGGAUGACCAGCAACUCCUCAUGGAACGAGAAAUACUCAAUGUCAAGUAUGGCAUCUCUGACAAGCUGCUCAAAUCUAGCAAUAAAAUCAACCAAGCAGAAGCAGCCAAGCAACUCAAGCUUGCUUAUGAGGCUGUGACAACUGGCCAACACAGUGAGGCCGUUGCCUAUUGCACACGUGCCCUUGAUGCUGAUCCCAGCAACCUCUUUGGUCGGAUGUUUCGUGCUCAGCUGCUGAUGGAUCGGCAAGACAUGGUUGAGGCUCUGAAAGACUGCUGGAUGAUUCCCAAAUCUAAAAGAACAUAUGAUAUUUGGAAGAUGGGUGGUCAGAUUCUUUAUCACAUGUGGCUGCCAGUCACAGCAGAGUUUUGGUUGCGGAAAGCCACACUAAUGAGUGGGGGUAAUAGCCAGGAAGUGGGUAUGCUAUUCCAGAAAGUGCGAGUCAAACGCCUUUACGAUCCAUUGACAGAGUCAUUUCCAGUGGCAGUUGAUUUCACCCAGUAUGGUAGAGCUGUUGUGGCUACAGAAGAUGUCAAAGCUGGUGAGGUCUUGAUGAAGGAUCUGCCACUGGUACAUGCACAGACUCUAGCCUCACGUUAUGUGCCAGCAUGCUGCCACUGCACCUCUAGCCUUAUAACUGCCACGGACUACUUUGGAGAUGCGUACUCUGGGCUGAACAGCCAGGCCAAAGAAGUUGUGGCCCGCCACUGGCCAAAAGUCACACCUGUGUGGUGUCCCAAGUGCUCACGGGAGAUGUACUGCAGCCAGCAGUGCUUGGAGGCUGCAUGGGAAAAUAGCCACCAGGUUCUCUGUCCUAGUGUCAACAAGGCAGCAGGAAGGCUUUAUGAUUUGAGAGACCAUGAUGGAUAUGGAUAUGAUAGCCAUGGUAACUGGGUGGAACUAUGGGGAGGCCACUACUCACCUUUUGUCCUUGCCAAAAUAUGGGCAUCCAUCUUGUGUCACGUCCACCGCUUGAUGGAAGCUGAUGGUAAAAUGGGUGAACAUCCGACCAUAGAACAGUGGGCCCAAGCUAAGGCCCCAUUCAGACGGUUUAUUGCAUUUGGUACUGCACCUGCAACAGAGCGUAUGCCUGAAAUGCUGAGCAUAUUUCAAGAGGUAUUCAGCAACUGUGCGGGUGGUGUGGACUAUCCCAUUACAGAAGCAGAGUUCAGGGGACGCUACUAUCAGGCAGCAUGCAACCUUCAGUGCUUUUCAGCUGGUAUUACUCCAUUUCAAAGGUUUUUGACAAAUCUCAAGGAUGAUCUUGAUGGCUUGAGUGUCCUAAUGCACCUGGAUGAGCGGAAAGUUCCGGAAGCCUAUUUUGCUGGCAUGUUCCCAGUGCAUGCCUGCCUGAAUCACUCCUGUGACAACAAUGCUGAGGUCAGCAAUGGCAUCUACAUGGACAAUUUUGGGGUACAGGUUACAGCCAAAAGGGACAUCAAGAAGGGUGAAGAGAUUUUUAUCACAUAUAUAGACACUGCACUGCCUCGCAUGCUGCGCCGGGCCUGGCUUUACAAGUCUUUCAAUUUCUGGUGCCAAUGUCGACGAUGCCGCUUUGAGGGGGAUAAAGCAACCGUUUGCACCCAGUGUGGAGUAAAAGCAAAAGGAAACAAGCAAUUUCCAACUUGUGGAAAAUGUAGGAAAGCGUGGUAUUGUUCUACACAAUGUCAGCGACAAGCUUGGGUAGAAGGUCACAAAGUCAUUUGUCAGGCACGACACUCGGUGGUAGCAACUCCAGCUGAUUAUGAAGUGUGUUAAUAACCAGCAACAGCACUAGGUUUAUUACAAGGUGACAAUAAAUGACUAUAAUAUUAUUGCCAUGUUCAAGUUACAUUGCGUUUGCUCAUACCGUGAUCUUUAUUGCAGAGAUCUGUCCCAUGUUACUGACUAACAGUUUCAAAUCUUUGUAAUAAUUAUUGAUCUGUUUGGUCUUAAGGGAAACUGUAUGUAUAUGUAUCCAUGUGUGAGGGUGCAUAGGACUGUCUCAGAUAUGCUACUAUAGUUUACUAAAUAUAGCUGUAGGUGCUAUGUUCUAAAAAA